AUGUCCUUAAAUCUUUUUUUCCCAUCUGGUUUUCUCCAGAUUAUCACACAUCACCGCAACAUUUAUCAUUCUCCAUUUCGUUCAUCUUUCUUUCAUCAAUUUUUGUCUCCAACUAUUUCUCCCCUCUUUCUUUUUCUGUGUUUCUGUCACUUUUUUUUUUUUGUCACUCUUCACUUUCCUUUUUAUUCUUUUUCCCCCUCUAUUCUUUUCACUAUCCUUUCUUUCUUUACCAAUUUUUUCUCUCUCCCCAUUUCUUUGUCCAGUUUUUCUCUCUCUGUGUCUUUUCUAUCGUUUUUUUCCCAUCUCUCUUUUACAUUUUUUACUUCUCUCUCUUUCUCUCUUUCGUUUUUAAUCUUUCUCUUCUCAUUUAUUUUUCAGUCUUUCUUUUUCUCUCAUUCUCACUCCGUCUCUCUUUCUCCUCUUUUUUUCUGGCUCAGUCUUUACGCUUUCUUUUUGUGUAUAUGUAUCUCUCUAUUGCAUUUUCAAUCUUUCUAUCUGUUCUCUUUCUUUUUUGCCUCUCUCUCUCUUUCUCUCGCUCUCUCUCUCUCUCUCUCUCUCUUUCUUCCUAUUGUUUUCAGUCUAUCUGUAUUUUUUUCUCUUUUUCAUCUUUUCUCUGAGUUCUUUCUUUUAAGUCACUCUCUCUUCUCUCCUCUUGUACGAAUUUAUUCUCUUUUCCAUUCACGUUUUUUAUUUAUUUUCUCUCCUCGCUGUUUAUCCACUCCCUUUAUUUCAUCUUGUUCAUUCUCUCUCUCUCUCUCUCUAUCUCUCUGUGUUGUUCAGUCAUAUCUUCUCUCUCUAUCUAUGUUUCUAUCAUUCUUAUAUCUUGCGUUCUGA